UCAAUUCCAUCAAAGUUCUCUGGUGCUCUUUAGACUAGCAUUCUCUGGAUGCUAUCUUGGAAGAAAGACAUUAGACAUUGGACUUAGCUGUCUCCUUUGAAGACUUUGGCUCUCUCUGUCCUUCCGUCUUGACUUGAGACCGUUUGCUUUCGUCUUCUUCUGUCUUCUUCUGUCUUCUUCUCCUUGUCGGGUCCGUUUUGCCUUUCUCUGUUCUCCUGAACUUGCUGAAGGCCACUUCUUGACACCAUGUUGCUUUUGCACGUCAGGAAUCACCACAGAUUCAGUGCAUUUCCAGUUGGUUUAUUCUACGUGCUGUGUUAGUAGGUACAGUGCUCAAUGCCGUCCAGAUGGUAAAGAGAUCGAGUCUCUGGUCUCAGCGUUACUUGGCAGGAUGGGCUAUACUAUUACAAUGUGUAGGGGUGUUAUCUGUAUUCUUACUUCGUGUAACAAUGUCAAGUAACAAGAUUUCUUCCCUCCCUGACAUCAUAGGCAGUAUGUCGCAGGUGAGAUCCCUGAAUUUUGCCCGUAAUUGCAUCCAAGUCCUUCCCCAAACCAUCUGCGACCUUUCCUUCAUAGAAGAGCUGAACUUUCUCCAGAACAAAAUCGCAAAGCUACCCUCGGGUAUCAGUCAUCUGACCAGACUACGGUCGGUCAACUUUGAAGGAAACGCCUUGUCAACUUUUCCUUCAGAAGUGUGUGCUAUCUCUUCUUUAGAAGAAGUUAACUUCAACAAUAAUCACAUCGAGUUCCUUCCUGUGCACAUCAGCAACUUAAAACGUGUCCAAGCACUUCGCCUCUCCAACAACAGAAUCCCGUCCCUCCCCAACUCCAUCUGUGAGCUGACGGAACUGGAGACCUUGACCCUCAUGGGGAACAAGCUGACAGAACUUCCGCUCAUGUUCGACUCUUUACGGAACCUGCAACAUCGAAGCAUCGACAGCGGGCUGGACUUGUUUAACAACGAGAUGCAGAUGCCGCCUCGGCAUGUCUGCGACAGCGGCGUGGAGUCCGUGUUCCAGUACCUCCGGGAAAUCCGACGGACGAGACCUGUGGAGGUGAACAGGCGUAAGAUCUUAGUCUUUGGGGAAUCGGGCGCCGGGAAGACGAGUAUGAUCCACGCGAUGCUGAACGGACGGUCCAGACUGGCCCUGCCUGACGAGCAGACGCACGUCCUGGAGCAGCACAUGUGGACGGUGGAAGGUGAGAGGUUCCAGGUGAAUGACUUCGGGGGGCAGCAGAUGUACCACGUCACCAACCAGCUCUUCUUCACCAGGAACGCCGUGAACGUGCUGGUCUUCGACAUGAACCGGUACGGCGCGGCGCGGUAUAACCGGGACGUGGGGGACUGGGUGCAGGCGGUGACCGCCCAGGUACCGGACGCCGUCCUCCUGCUAGUGGGAACUCACAGCGAUCUCUGUACAGCCGCAGAAAUACAGAGGAAAAGGGAGGAAAUCCUGGCUACCAUGCGACAAAGGGAGAACACCGUGAUUGAAGACAUCAAGGAAGAGAUAUUCAAACUGAAGGAGGCACUAGAUGGCAAGAGGAACGGGCUUUUUGCUGGUCACAACAGGUUCGCAGGCAUGAGCACAGAAGAACUUACGGAAUGCCACACCCUUCUGCAGCGUAGACUAACAUCCCGGCCAGUCCUCCCACAGGAGAUGAUAGUCGUAAGCUCUGCUGACAGUUUAGACGGCAUCCCCCUGUUGGUACACACUGUCCUGCAGUGCACACAGAAUCCGCAGCUCUUCCCUAAAACCGUUGUGCCUGAGUCCUGGGCAGAUCUGGAGAGGCAGCUCACCGAGUCCAGAAGCGGUCCCGAACACUUCCUUACCUACGAGCAGGUGGUACGGAUGGCAGGGGACUUCGGUCUGACCGAAGACAGGCUGAUCCCAGCACUGAGAUACUUGCACCUUGUGGGAGAAAUCUUGUGGUACGAAGACAACGUGAUGUUGAAGGAGUACGUCUUUCACAAACCCUCCGACCUGAUCGACAUUUUCAAGGCGAUCUUUCGCCACGACAUCGAAGACUUCCUGACAUACGGGAAUGACGUCUUCAAGCGAGUCGGACACAUGACCAAACAGCAGUUCCGUCUGGUCAAGUCCCGCUUCCUGAAAGGAGGCCAGAUGUCUGUGGGUCUGCUGAGGUGUUUUCUGUGGGGCGUGUGUGCAGACCACCAGAGUCUGUCGGUGGUGGUGGGUCUGCUGAAGAAGUUUGAGCUGUGUUACCAGCUGCCUGAGUCUGAGGCCACCCCGGGGCUGACCGGCCCCUCAUCCCUCCUGUUCCUGCCCUGGUACCUGUCCUACAAGGAGCCGUCCAACCUGCACAAGAUGUGGCCAACAACCGUUCCUGAUAACUACAGUCAGCUACAGGUGAUGUACCAGUUCCCCAGUGUCAGCCCCUGUGGCCUGUUUGAGCGGAUGUUGGUGAGACUACAGCGUCACGUCAUUAGGAGGGAAGACUGGAAGGACGGAGUGGUGGCCAGCAUCAGGAACCAGACCGUACUACUCAGGAGAACCGCGGGGGAUGAGGACUGCUGCGAACUCAACUUGUACGUACGGGGAGAAGAGCUGACCGCGGUGUGGACCAUCCUCCUCCUGCUGCACACAGAGAUGACGUCCCUCCUGUCCCAGUGGCCAGGUGUGCGCCACCAGGUGUUCCUGGUCUGCAGCCACUGCACCUGCCGAGGCCUGGCUGACCCGCACUGCUUCUUCGGGGAGGUCCUGGACAGGCCCCGCCCGGCCGGUGUGAGCCGCCUGCCCUGUCCUAACGCAGAUGAUGAGGAGGUGGUGGAUGUGGCUCUGGUGUACCCUCCUCCUGAAGCCCUGGAGGGGGUUCUGCAGGAGGGAGACCUGAGGACCGCCCUGAUGGAGGCUGCCCAGCAGCUCGGCCGGGAUGACUGGCGCAGGACCGGGCGGGUUCUGGGGCUGGCAGAGGCAGACCUGGAGGAAAUUCAGCAUGAUUUCCAGACACUCAGGGAGAUGAAGUUCCAGAUGCUGUUGUCGUGGCAACGGAAGGCAGGAGAAGACGCCACGCUGCAGACACUGAUGGCCGCGCUGGGAGGCCAGGAAGUAGGAAGAAAAGACAUAGCUGACUCGAUCGCUGCUAAAUACUUCUGUAGAUAG